UACAACCUAAAAAAAGAUCCAUACAUACCUUAAAUAGCAAUCAAACUUCAUUUCUUUAUUAGAGUUGACUACUGAUUCAUUAAUGUCCUCUACAUUCAUCCCAAAGCCUAAACCCUCUAUUAUUACACACCAUUUCUUACAUCUCUAACAAAAGUGUAAGAAAAAAAAAAUAAAAAUGGACAAGAAUCCAGCAGAGGCAGUAGCCAAGAUGAGGGAAUCUGUUCAAAAACUUGGUUCUUCAACUGAGGGUUUUGGAGACCUGAAUCUGAUGAGGUUCUUGAUUGCGAGAUCAAUGGAUGCGUCGAAGGCUGCCAAGAUGUUUGUCGAGUGGCAAAAAUGGAGGGCUUCGUUUGUCCCCCUCGGACACAUCCCGGAGUCGGAAAUUCGAGAUGAAUUGGAUGCAAAUAAAAUGUAUUUGCAGGGAAAAUCAAGAAAUGGACACACUUUGAUGAUCUUUAAAGCCUGCAGACAUUUUCCUUCUAAGGAUCAAGUUCACUUCAAGAAAUUUGUAGUUCAUUUUCUAGACAAAACCAUUGCCAGUUCUCUUAGAGGCAAAGAGAUUGGCAACGAAAAAUCGAUUUGCAUUGUGGAUAUGGAAAAUGUCACGCACAAAAACAUCGACAUCCGCGGCGGAAUUACCGGAUUUAAGACCUUGCAAGCAUAUUAUCCAGAGCGCUCGGCGAAGCUGUACAUGAUAAAUGUGCCCGGACUCUUUACCCAUGCAUGGAAAAUUAUUUCGCGCUUUCUUGAGAAAUCUCUGCUAGAUAAGGUUGUGAUGGUGAAUAGCGAAGAUGAAAAAAGGGAUAUGAUUCGAGAAAUUGGUGAAGAAGUUUUACCACUAGAGUAUGGUGGCAAAGCCAAAUUGACGCUUCUUCAAGAUUUUCCAUGUCUACCGUUGGAUCGAUGAGUGAUUGUUUCGAUCUCCACUCUUAAUUUGUAAUGACAAAUUUCUCCCUACUCAUAUAUUUUCACGACACAAGAAUUUCUUUAAAUAAAUCAAUACUCAGAGUUUGUUUAUUUAGUAUUUUA